CUCAGUUCCGGUUACAGGCGAAUUUUGUUUACGUUGCUCCCAGGUCUGGAUGCUGUCUUCCUUAGUUCGGCUCCAAGAUGGGGAAAUCCUUCGCCAAUUUUAUGUGCAAGAAGGACUUUCAUCCUGCCUCCAAAUCCAAUAUCAAAAAAGUAUGGAUGGCAGAACAGAAAAUAUCAUAUGAUAAGAAGAAACAAGAAGAAUUAAUGCAACAGUAUCUCAAAGAACAAGAGUCAUAUGAUAACAGACUCCUUAUGGGAGAUGAACGUGUAAAGAAUGGCCUUAACUUCAUGUAUGAAGCCCCACCAGGAGCUAAAAAAGAAAACAAAGAGAAAGAAGAAGCAGAAGGAGAGACUGAAUACAAAUUUGAAUGGCAGAAAGGUGCUCCACGAGAAAAAUAUGCCAAAGAUGACAUGAAUAUCAGAGAUCAACCAUUUGGUAUUCAGGUUCGAAAUGUGAGAUGCAUUAAAUGUCACAAAUGGGGCCAUGUCAAUACAGAUCGAGAAUGUCCUUUGUUUGGUCUUUCUGGAAUCAAUGCAAGUUCAGUUCCUACUGAUGGCUCAGGGCCAUCGAUGCACCCCUCGGAGCUAAUAGCGGAGAUGAGAAACAGUGGGUUUGCACUGAAACGAAAUGUGCUGGGGAGAAACUUGACCGCAAAUGAUCCAUCACAGGAAUAUGUUGCAAGUGAAGGUGAAGAAGAUCCAGAAGUUGAAUUUUUAAAGUCACUAACAACCAAACAAAAACAGAAACUUCUCAGGAAAUUGGAUCGACUUGAGAAGAAAAAGAAGAAAAGGAAAAAAGAUAGAAAAAAGAAAAGGCUUCAGAAGAGCAAAAGUAAACACAAAAAACAUAAAAACAAAUCGUCCUCAUCUUCCUCUUCCUCCUCCUCUUCAUCAUCAUCGUCCUCUUCCUCCUCUUCCUCUUCCAGUGAGACCUCAGAGAGCAGCAGUGAGAGUGAGAGAGACAACAAAGGAAAAAAAACACUUAAGAAGAAGAGAAAGAAAAGUAAGGGUUCCCGCUAUAAUAGGAGUGAUUUUCAAGAGAAAGACAAGUGUAAGAAGAAAAAGCUUGAAGAAGACCCUUCUAGUAGUCACAGUAACAAGGAAAAAGAUAGGGAACUGCCUGAGUUUUUAAAACAAGAGAAUUCUGGGAAGAAUAACAAAUGGAGCCAUUCUGAUUCUGACAGAAGUUCCAAAAGCCGUAACUACAGCCCAAACAAGAGAGGGUCUGAAAGAAAGAAGAGGAACAGCAGAAGCCGAAGCAGGGAUGAGAGGAGUAGAAGCCGAAGCCGAAGUCAUGGAAGGCAUAAGCAAACUGGAAAAUGGACACAGCGAAGCCCCAGGGAAGAGCACAGCAGAAGCAAUGGCACCAGGAGUCACAGCACAGACACAUACAGAGGAGACCGAGUGCACAGGGUGAGCUCAGGAGAAAAGCGUACUAAAGUGACCCAGGGAGAGCGAAGCCCAACAAAUACAAACCCAGCCGAGCUACCCGCCGCAAAGGUGUCUGCGAGUUCCGGAAACCGUGCAGUGCCUCCCAGGCGCGCGAUGGAGACGCGGGUGCCCGGGCGCACGGGCCGCCUCCCAGGGCUGCUGCAGGAGACCGCACCUCCGCUGCCAGGAGCAGGGCGUUGGGAGGUGUAG